CAAUGAAGAGUUUAUCACAAGGAAACCUUUAAAAUCUUAUUAAAAACAAUCAUUGACAUUGACAAAAACGUUUUCUGAACAUGGCAAAGCAUCAUCCAGAUCUUAUAUUUUGCAGGAAACAGCCUGGCGUUGCUAUUGGAAGAUUGUGUGAAAAAUGUGAUGGUAAAUGUGUGAUCUGCGAUUCCUAUGUCAGACCUUGCACGUUAGUACGUAUCUGUGACGAGUGUAAUUAUGGCUCUUACCAGGGUCGUUGUGUCAUCUGUGGGGGACCAGGGGUCUCAGAUGCAUACUACUGCAAGGAGUGCACCAUCAUGGAGAAAGAUAGAGAUGGGUGUCCCAAGAUUGUAAAUCUAGGAAGUGCAAAGACAGAUUUGUUUUAUGAAAGAAAGAAAUAUGGAUUUAAGAAGAGAUGAGAAUGGUGGAUGAAGUGUCUGAAUUUUGUGAAUUAAUGCAAAACUUUGGGCAGACUAUGUGCAAGGCAACUUCUGAAAGAACUAUAGACACACCAUGGUCAAUUUACAGUGAAAAUUGGAAAUUGCCAAAAAUUCUUUGGAAAUUGCCUAAAAUUCUUUAAUGUAUACCCAGUGUCGUCAUUACAAUUUGUCAUGGUAUCAUUUCAUCAUGCAUCUAGUUUUUAUGUCAAUAAUAAAUCUACAGUAUUUUAAA